CUGCAAUUUAUUGUACGACUACGUGACGUUCCUCAUCGUUUGACUUAAUUUUGCAGCAAUACCGGUACAACUGAGAAUUGACAAGAUGAGUUUUGUUGAAAGCCUGCCACCACACUGGACUAAUGACAGCCUGACAAAGAAGAAGGCUCUUCUGUGUAACAAGAUAAAGAAUCCUUUUUGCAUGUCUUUGAAGACCUUUCCCACCAGCAAGCAUCAAAGACUAACCAGACAACCAGGCGUCAACUUCAAGACCAGGAGUGGUGUUGUGUUCAAUCCAAUCACGCCCUUGGAGAUCUUACGAGGAACCUUACAGAAGCGAAUCAACAAGGAUAUCCAUUGCAUAUUCCAGUAUUAUGCUCAGUUUUUCUACAUGGCUGUUGAGAACAUGAGAGAGAACUAUGGAGCAGACAGCGUGACUGAAGAACAUGUAUUGACUGUCUUCAGGAACAGCUUGGAAGCGGCAAAGGAUCUAUUCCAGCCCUCUGGGAAGCAGACAGGUAAAGAGAGACAUGGAUCAGGUUCUCAUAAGAUCAAUGUCAAGAUGCAUCUAGAUAAGAUGAAGACAUCAGAAGCUGUGCUCAGAAGGAAUGAUGAUGAAGAUUGUGAUGAACCAGAGAGAAAGAGAUCCAAGCACAAUCCAGACAACAACUCCACAUUCUCACUGAGGCCACCUCCUAGGAUACAGACAAGGAAGAGGAAAGGGCGCCCUCCUGCACAUCACCGUGACUACACGGAUGUGAUCACGACCUCCUCCUCUGGGAGCUAUAAGAGUAACAAGGUCAAGGUAGAACCGGUCAAGAAAGAAGGACCAAAGUGGGACCCAUCUAGACUGGUCCAUGGCUCCAGGUUUGUCAUGGGUGCCAAGGCUAACAAAGCUCUUGGUCUAGGUGCUACCAGAGGAAGAUUAUACAUCAAGCAUCCAGAACUAUUCAAGUAUGCUGGGGACCAAGAUGACAAACAGUGGCUGUAUGAUAAUCAUCUCAUGCCAGCGACUGGAGGAAAGGCUUACAUCCUCCUACUUGAAGAUGUUCUUGAUUUGGCAGAGACAGAAGAGUAUAAGGAAUGUGGAAGUCUAGCGCUAGAGGAGCUGCAAACAUUCAACGUUCCACCUGAGAUCUUGGAGAAGAUGAGACGCUACAUGGAAACGCAUCGCACAGACUGUGAUGGUAGCAACAAUAGCAGUGAUAUCAAUGAAAAUUAAUGAUGAAAGUCUCCUUUUCGAACUGAUGUUUAUUUGGUUCAAUAUUGCUCUAUUUUUUGUUUAAAUGGGGAAGGUAUGUGUAGUAAAAAAAAAACAUGAGAUUACAUUAUGCCCUCAACAACUAAGCUUUUGCAUUUUUCAUGUAAGGCGAUUCCAUGCAAUGUGUCCAAUUGGACAUUUGACAUUUAUCCAUCUUGUUUCGUCCAAAAAUGAAAGUCAUGUUACAGGAUCAUUGACUUGUCUUUUCCUGGUAUCACUAACAUUAUGUGUCAUAUAUAUAUAGAUAUGUCGUAGAGGAUACAUUGCACAGAAUCGCCCAUACGAGAAAAUUGGGUCCUCUUUUCUCAAAUCUGUGACAUAAAUGUAUGCAUACAAUUGGCCACUGGCUGAUAUGUACAUAGUUCUCAUGUAGGGAUAUAUAUCCAUUAGUUUUACAACUGGGUAUUCAACUUAAAAGGACCAUCAACUUUCAGAGAACCUUCCUACAGGUUUUUUUUUCUUCCAAUGGGGAGGGGGGGGGGGGCAUGUGUAUUUAGUUAAGUUAUGUAGAAGUAUAGAGAAGAAAUAUAUUGUGCAAUGUAUGUGUAAAAGCAGUUUUCAUUUACUGCUACAGUUAUUUAAUAUAUUAUAUUGUUGCUAUGUGGAUUGUAUCAAAGCACAAAGGACAUUCCAGUUUCCUGUUUCAGUUUUUAUUUUUGUACUGUUGUGCCAUAAUCACUUUGAAUAAAACAAUAUACAUAAACAUUACUUAAAAACUGAAAUGAUGGGGUUAGAAAUUGGGUUACAUAUUAAGCCAAGUUAAUCAUGGUUAUCAACUUUAAGAAGAGUAUAUUUUCAUAAGCAAACAAAUUGUAAAUGCUUCUAAUAUUAUAUGAUGGGAGUCUUCAUUGUUUAGUUAAAUAAGAGAGUAGAAUUGUGAGAUAAGGACCCUGUAACAAUUCAAUGGGGUUUGAUCUGGAAAAAUUAUAGCAAUUAUUUAUUUUGCUAAUAGAUUGAAAUUGUGAUACUGCAGGCCCUAUUCAGAAUGAGGUGGGAAAUAGACAUAAAGACAUAAAGGUGAGAGGCGAAGUUUGAAUAUUUAAGCUUACAUAGUAGUUCCCCUUUUGUACAUGUAAUAUAAAGGAUUGACCGGAAGCAGUCAUAUUGCCGUUUGACACAUUUUCCCAUUUUGAGAUUGAGCAUGCAUCAUAGCAUAGAUCUUUUCAACCACUGAGUUUGUACCUAGAUGUUUCAGUU